CGCUGGCAACCGUCCCUUCCUCUUUCUCUCUGUACUUUCACUGUAGUCUGUUCAUCAUGGUCAUCCCCCUCUCAUCCCUCAUCGUCACCGUCCCCCUCUCCUCCCCCUCCCCCAGCCCUGCAAGUCAACCAGCCCACCACCUCCCCACAGGAGGGUUCCACAACCCAUGGCCAUCCUUCCGCCCCCAAGCACAAGGUCUCCGUUUCCUAGCCAUCGUAGGGCUCAUACGCGAGAUGUGGAAGAACAAAGUGCCUCCUAACAUCUCUGUGUUGUUGCCCGUUGUGAAGCCUAAUUGGGGAGAGGGACAGGCGGAGAAGACGAAGGCUACUUGGCUUGGACACGCGUGCUUCUUGGUCGAGCUGCCUACCCCGAAAGGCGCUGCAAGAGGAGCGAGGAUCCUCUUCGACCCGGUGUUCUCGCAUCGCUGUUCGCCGGUACAGUGGAUCGGUCCUGCGAGGUAUACGCCUCCCCCGUGUAAGAUAGAAGACAUCCCCCAAGUGGACGCUGUGGUCAUCUCCCACAACCACUACGACCACAUGGACACUCACACCCUCCAGACCCUGCGUCAACAGAAAGGCGGGCCACCGCAUAUAUUCGCUCCCCUGGCAAACGACGCGUAUUUUCAGAGUCUUGCGGUUCCGGGAGAGGACUGGACCUGCAUGGACUGGUGGGAGCAGCGCGAGUGUACCGUGCUCCUCCCCUCCCAGGCUGAAGAAGGAGAGGGUGCGGGAGGAGUGGUCAAAGGCGUAGAAGAGAGGUUCAGGCUGACCUGCACGCCCUGUCAGCAUUUCACGGGCCGCUCUCUCUCUGAUAGGUUCAAGACGCUCUGGGCCUCUUGGGCACUGGAGUCCAUCCCCUCCUCACAAGAUGCCGCCCACGCCGCCCCCGCCCCGGUCAAGAUCUGGUUCGCUGGAGAUACGGGGUACCGGGCCGUCCCCGACGGGAUGGACGAGACGAAGAUGCCUGUGUGCCCCGUGUUCAAAGACAUCGGCGCCCGGUUUGGGGGUUUCGACCUUGCGCUUAUCCCCAUAGGCGCAUACUUGCCAAGGCAGAUGAUGUCCCCCGUACACUGUGCGCCGCAGGACAGCGCCCUCCUCUUCCGGGACGUGCAGGCCCGGAGGGGGGUGGGCAUGCAUUGGGGCACGUGGAUGCUCACUACGGAGAAGGUGAUGGACCCCCCGCAGAGGCUGAAGGAGGAGUGUGAAAAGGUGGGAAUCGGGAGCGGGAGGUUUACGGCUUGUGAGAGUAUUGGCGAGACGGUGUUGGUUUGAUUGACCACUUACUAUGUGUCUGCCUCCUGUGAGUGUGUUCCGGAAUGUUGAUGUUCGCGGGUAGGUUACUAUACG